CGUAUUGGUUUGAGGGUGUCGCAGUUUGAUUCAGAACAUUUUCGUAAUUCAUCAGCAUCGCUAAAGAAGGAAGUGCAGCCAUGGCGCAGGGACUCAGAGAAAGAUUUGAAAAGUUUCUUCAUGAAAAGAAUCUCGUGACAGAUUUGCUGGCAAAAGUAGAGGCAAAAACUGGAGUAAGCAGGACGUACAUCGCUCUCGCUGUGAUCGGUAUCAUCGCAGUUUACUUGGUCAUCGGUUACGGAGCCUCCCUACUGUGUAACCUCAUCGGCUUUCUUUAUCCAGCCUACAUAUCGAUUAAGGCCAUUGAAAGUGCCACCAAAGAUGAUGAUACUAAAUGGCUGACCUACUGGGUGGUGUAUGGAGUCUUCAGCGUGGCUGAGUUUUUUGCUGAUAUUUUCCUGUCCUGGUUCCCAUUCUACUAUAUUGGAAAGUGUGCCUUCUUGGUGUGGUGCAUGGCUCCGACUCCCUCCAAUGGAUCAGUCCAGAUAUAUAACCGCAUCAUUCGUCCGUUUUUCCUUAAGAAUGAAGCCAAGAUUGACGACGUGGUGAAGAACCUGAAGGACAAGGCUUCCGAAGCUGCUGACAAGUUCAAAGAUGAGGCCAAGAGAGCCACAGCAAACAUCAUGUUUGAAGAGAAGAAGAGCACUUAAGAAGGAGGCUUCCUGUCCAGAGUGUCAUCUCUGGAGCUGACCAUACAAAAGAAAUGUUGCCUUGAAAAUACUUGCUUUAAAGACAUCAUGUUCAAUAUGUAACCCUAAUCUUAAUCCAGACUGUAUUAUAUGUUACCCAUGUGUCACAUAUAUCAAUUAAAGCCAUUCCCCAGGUCAGUUUACUUGUUUAACUUUGCUUUAUUGUGGGUGUCAGAGAACUCUGGCCCUGACAGCUUUAUAAACCAAAUAAAAACAAAUUUGUUCUCUGA